AUUAGGGAAGUGUGACCGUUUCAAAUAUAUAAUCACUAAUGACAGAUGUAUGCCCUUUGGCCAUCAGUAACUGACCAGAAACAAAAGACAAAAGCACAUAUGCUAUAUCAAUUAUAUUGGCAAUAAGUACCACAUGUGUCUGGGAGAUAUGACCUCGGGAACUGGCCAGAAACAAAAGACAAAGCACAUAUGCUAUAUCAAUUAUCUAAGCACUCAGGACACUCUGUGUCUGGGGACUCUUGACCACAGGAACAUGAUCAGGGACAAAAGCAUAUACAAAUUAGCAACAUAUGUUUAAAUGGUAUCUAGUCUAAUUAAUUAUAAGUUGAGGGGGAGUGUUAAAUAUGGUAAUAUCUAAAACUUAUAAUUUAAGCAGACCCAAUAGCAGUGCAGAUAGUUUUGGGGCGUAAUUUAGGCCUAGCCAAUCGCAAAAACAAGGCAUCUAUGGGCGGUAAUACAGGAUGGCCAUAAAUACAGCGUACCAUGAGACCUGGACAAUACAAAAGUUUUAUUCACAGAAACAUUUUUCUGACGAUAAAAAAACAAGAUGUCUCAACACAGCGCUAAUAGCAUGUUUAACAACUUUGGGGACAUUACAGAUUCUCAGUUAGCGGCUGUUAUGGAUGUUGUAUUACCACCAUUGCCCUAUUCACAAACAGAAGAUAUUUUAGGACUAACAGCUAGAGACCUAAACAUUCUUGACUGUGCAACUCUAAAAGAGCCCGACAUUGAGAUCAUUGCGCAUAAUGUUGAGAGCCGUGCAACACACAAAAAACCAUCACAGACUGAAAAAAGGGGGAAAACAUUUCGUAAAAAAAUCAAGGCAAAUAACGCAUCAGAAAAGGAGAAUAUUCCCCCUGUAGAGCGUGUUUUGAUGCCUUCAGCCCCACGUAAAGUAACCCAAGCUGAAAUACACAAUAGAACAACUAAAACAUCUAAGAGAAGUAAAACAGGCCAGAUAUCUGAUACAAAAGAAAGAAGAGCAACCAAAAACAUCACAAAUCCUGUUGUUCCUGGACUCCACAAAACAGAAGUCGUUAAAUCAAAGCCAUUACUAAAAAAUGAUUUUAAUGGAUCAAUAAGGACCUUGCCAUUGUCUCCAGUUUCUAAUCUUGAUGAAUCUACAUCACAAGCUGUCAAGGGUGGUGAGUCAGCAUGUAUAAUACCAAGUAAUGUUAUCAGGUAUGUUCCAAAGCAGUCUGUUAUACAGAGCACACCUUUAGCUGGUAGGGGUGUAAGUAAUGUGAAGAGGCAACUCACAUAUGAAAAUACCCCACCUGCUAAACAAAAACGCGUCGCAGAAACACAAACAGAAAACAGUUUAGAUGUUGCGUUACCAGCAGAAGGCCUGUAUACUCACAUUUUACAUUUUACAGGUCUUAGAACUUGGAGUAAAAAAGUACAGAGUGCAUUGAGUCAUAUGGGGAGUCUAAACCACAGAUGGCUUAACAUGGUUAAUUUUUUAGGGCACCUUAACAGACAGGCCAUGGCAUUAGGUAGUACGGCGCCUGAAGAGUCUAAGGGUGCAGAGAUAAUAGCUGUUUCUGAAAAGUACACAAAAUUAAGUAAGGUUCUUAAGGCUUUUGAAAAAGAAAUAGGUGAAACAGCAUGACUAAAAAUGGUUGGUGGUGGUAGGUUAGAAAAAUUUCCCAAACUGUCUGUGAACAGAACUAAAACUAUCAAUCGGGCUGUUAAAAUGUUAAUAAGUGCCAGGGCUUCUUUGAAGGCUAGGGCACAUAGACGUCUUUGUUGUAACAAUGCAAAUCUGCAUGCUACAACAUCGACUUCUUUACCCAUUCAAUCAGGGGUCCUCAAAACACAUGACACACCACACAAAUCUGAUAGGUUACAAAUACAGGCCACGCAACAGAAUAGUGGGCGCAGUAAUGUACAGGACAGUGACCAAAGACUGUGUUUGGAAGCUGUUAAUGCUGAUCAUGAUCAAAAUACUGGUGUAUAUUUAGAUGCUAUUUACCAUCAACAGAGAGACCUAGCCAACUUUAACGGUGUUAUGUAUAUUGACCAUUUUAGAUUUAUAAACUUAGACAGAAUACACUCAUUUGUGGAUGCUGUUAAUGCUGUGCAUUCCAGUAUUCAAAAUUUACUGAACAGAACCUUACCAGACAUAGCACCAGGAGAUUUUGUACAGUUGCGUCUUGAGGGUGGGAAUGCUUUUGACCCUGUAUAUUCCACAAAACAGUCUAGUGAAGCUUUUAAUGCUGACACUUUUUUGAAUUGCAUUGCGAAUGCUUUACAGAGUAAUGCAGAAUGUCUUGCUGGCAAUUCUCUAAAACUUGUGGUAGUUGUGAUCAGGAAUAGGCGCGGUGGUGUGAAAAAACGGUUGCGUGCAAUCCCUUACAGCAAAAUUAUCAGUGGUAAAAAGCAAUGGUUGUAUGAUUUUAACAAUUAUACUACAAAUCUGUGUCUGGCAGCCAGUCUAUACGCCUUGAUGGAUAAUGAUGAUGUCGGUGAUGCCGUUUUACUAGAACGUGCCAAACAGUUACACAGGGUUCUAGACAUACCAGAGGAUCAGCUAGUGUCUUUUAAUGACAUUGCGGAGUUUGAAAAUUACUUAAACGUUAACAUUAAAAUUCUGUAUUUCAGUCAGGGGCGCUGGCAGUUUUAUCAUACAGGGGCGGCAUCCAGAGAAAAGAUUUUAUUUGUUUUACACCAUGAAAACCAUUAUUAUGGUAUUAAAAAUGUGAAAAGUUUUAUUGGUGAGUCAUACUUUUGUGAGAGAUGCAAUUCUGUGUAUCACCACAAGAAUAAUCAUGGCUGUCAGCAGUUUUGUAAAGCAUGUCAUAGAAUGGAUUGUAGGGAUGAAAUA